GAUAAGCGGCGGUCAUAGUUCCAGCUGAGCCUCAGGUCAAAGACCGAGGAAAAGCGACUGGGAGUUUCUCACCGAACCUAGGGAGCGAAAAGUUCUGCAGAGGAGGAACGCGCGGCAGUUUCGGGCGAAGGAAGAACAGCGUAUUAACAACUCAAUAGGCGUCCGACCCGCGCUCAGCUCUGCGGUCGGUGAGAAGUUUCUCGUCUCUGUGGUGGGAAGCUGCACAAUCCUCGGCAGUGUUUUGAGACUGUGCGGCCCCACCAUCACCAGAACCAUCCGAGAACGAGAACCGUCGCUGCUGGAGACUAACCCUAUUCCCCCAGUCGUCACCUGGACACUUUUCCGACACUGACUUCUACUUUAUCUUCUACUAAAUCUGGGCUUUACUCAACCACUUGAAGGAGAAUUGUAGCGCGAGAAGAGCAGAUAUGACGGCCGAAAAGGAGAAGAAGAGGAGCAGCUCCGAGCGUCGUAAGGAGAAGUCACGGGACGCGGCUCGCUGCAGACGCAGCAAGGAGACUGAGGUUUUCUAUGAGUUAGCUCACCAGCUACCUCUUCCCCACAGCAUCAGCUCUCACCUGGACAAGGCCUCCAUUAUGAGGCUGACUAUCAGCUUCCUGCGUACCCGCAAGCUGCUUGCCGCAAGCUGCAGAAACAGAAGCAGUGAGGGCAAUGCAGAUGAACAGAUGGACAGUCAGUACCUGAAGUCACUGGAGGGCUUUAUCACCGUGGUUACAUCAGAGGGCGAUAUUAUUUUCCUGUCGGAGAACAUCAACAAGUUCCUGGGGCUCACACAGGUGGAGCUUACUGGACACAGCAUAUUUGACUUCACUCAUCCAUGUGACCACGAGGAGAUCAGAGAAAACCUCAGUUUAAAGACAUCUGGCAGUGGCUACAGCAAGAAAGGAAAAGAGCCGACCACAGAGCGAGAUUUCUUUAUGAGAAUGAAAUGCACAGUGACCAACAAGGGGCGCACGGUCAACCUCAAGUCGGCCAGCUGGAAGGUCCUUCACUGCACAGGACACCUGAGGAUGUACAAUGGGAGCUCUCCCAGAGUGAUGUGCGGCUUCAAAGAGCCCACGCUCACCUGUGCAGUUCUGAUGUGUGAACCUAUUCCGCACCCAUCAAAUAUUGACACACCAUUGGACAGCAAGACCUUCCUAAGUAGACACAGCAUGGACAUGAAGUUCACCUAUUGUGAUGAGAGGGUGAAAGAUCUGAUGGGCUACACUCCUGAGGACCUGCUGGGUCGUUCUGUCUACGACUUUUAUCACGCCCUUGACUCUGACAGUGUCACCAAAAGCCACCACAACUUAUGUUCCAAGGGGCAAGCAGUGAGUCGUCAGUACCGAAUGCUCGCCAAGACUGGAGGCUACAUCUGGGUGGAAACUCACGGAACCGUGAUCUACAACAGUCGCAACUCCCAGCCCCAGUGCAUUGUGUGCAUUAACUAUGUCCUCAGCGACAUUGAGGACAAGUCCACAAUCUUCUCCCUGGAGCAGACAGAGUCUCUGUUUAAGCCGCAGCACAUGAGCACCUUCUUCAAUUCAGAAGGUGCAGGUGUGACAGAAGAGGCAUCAGACGCCCUGUUCACCAAAUUCAAAGAGGAGCCCGAGGACUUGGCCCAACUUGCCCCAACACCUGGGGACACGAUCAUCCCUCUUGACUUUGGUCAUGCUCAGUUUGAGGCAACUCCUGCAGCUAUGCCACCCCCAAGACCUCCAUCCUGGGCAACUGAUAGUCACAAGCCUGGACGUCUGGUUUCUGGCCAAGUGUCAGCUCUGGGUGCAGAAAAUGUGACUAACAUGGCCAGUAUACUAACAAUGCAGCAGAAUACUGCACCAGGCAUUGCCACACCAAGCCUCAGCAGCUGCUCUACACCCUGCAGCCCAGCUGAUUACUACAGCUCAGUGGAGAGUGACCCGAAGGUGGAGCUGACUGAGAAACUGUUUUCUCUGCGCAGAGAGGAGAACGACAGCCCUGCGAACACUGAGAUGGAUUUAAGUAACUUGGAUUUGGAGACUUUGGCUCCUUACAUCCCCAUGGAUGGAGAGGACUUCCAGCUAAAUCCCAUCAUUUCAGAGUCCGAGUCCCUGGAGAGAAAUCCAGUUGGAUCUGUUGGGACUAACAACAGUAGCAACAGUAGCUCUCCAAAAACACACCAGCAGAGCUUUUGCAACAUCACCAGCCUCUUCCAGCCCCUGCCUUCCUCUUCCCAGACCAAUGUCCGCUACCAGCCUGGACAUUCUGCAUCCUGGGCAACAGGGGAAAAGAGCAACCACUCGACUGCAAACAACCACGUAUCGUCAUAUACGAUGGGUCCCAUUCAGAAUCCCCCGUAUCAGGCCCCAGCCAGCACUCCUUUGUCCUCUAUGGGUGGUAGGCAGAAUCUGCAGUGGCCUCCAGACCCACUGUUAACCUACCCACAACAGCUACCAACCAGCAGGGCCUACCUGAUAGACACUUUGUCAGGAGAGAUGCGUACCUCCAGUGAACAGGACCUGACGAAAAACAAGCUGCCAAGGUCUGUUGACUUCUUACAAGGAUACAGAGACAUGAGUCCAGCCAGAGUGGCCAUCAGCAACAAUAUGAAGCGCUCCUUCACCCAGAUGGCUUUGGGUGACAGUAAGACACCUGAGAUGAUGUGGAAGAAAAUGAGGAGUGAAAGCGGUCAAACCAUGGAUCGGUCCCUCAGCGCUGGAUCAUUGGCAGAGCUAGGAAUGGGCAGAACCUUGCCCGGCAACAUGCCUUCAUGUUUCAUGCUCCAGCAUAGGAAGUCUCAGUACACAGGCAAUGGAAUAGCUGGCCGAAGCGGUCAUUUUUUUCCUUCAGAGAACUGCAACUACAGCAGUUAUAACCUGCUGCCACCUCGAAAGAUGGAGGGUAUAGCUAGCCGUUUGUUUGGCGCUUCUUUCGAGCCCUCCUGUCUGCCUGAGUUGACCCGAUACGACUGUGAAGUCAAUGUCCCUCUGCAGGGAAACCUGCACCUCCUCCAGGGCUGUGACCUGCUGCGAGCUCUGGACCAGGCCACCUAAAGGCACACAAUCAAACUACACCACAGACCAAGAAUUAAUCCCAGCCCAGAACUUUAACUUUUUUCAGAAAAGCAGUUUGUAACCUUCAGACCUUCACUAAGCCCUCUGAAGGGAAUGGUAUUUAAACUCACAUCUGCCUUAUUUAGCUUAAAGGACUCACUCUCUCCUGUACUUUGGUAUUAUACCCUUUCUUUGACCCAUACCCCCACGAAUUGAAAUACUAUUGAGAACCAGAUAACAUGUAUAUUUUUAUCUUUACAAACCACUGUAUGAGUUGCUGCCACCUAGUGACUGGAGGCCUGUUUAUUAUUCAAGCGAAAUACUGUAUUACAGUAUGACUGCCCCCAACUUGAUCAACAAAGUAGGGCAGUUCAACACAGCUUCAGGGAGUCCUUUGAAAAGAACUGUGGAACUACAUGUGAACAUGAAGUACCUAGGUGUACUUACUCAUGGCUCUGGUUACAUUGACAGGUUUUCUUUUCUCAGUGACACCUGGCUGAAGCCAUGAUUUUUAAAACAGAAAGACAGGGGGCACAACUAGCGUCAUUACUUGCUCCACUCAACUGCCACCAAACUUUUAGCUUUUUUUUUGUCAUCGUUUGUCCUAAGACAAACGAUGACAAAAAUCAAAGGCAUUCUCUUUUUUUCCACCUUUUGUGGAUAACCACACAAAAUUAGUUAUCAGUGGCGUUCGUUGACGCACAGCUUGAAUAUGACUAACGCAUACACGGCCGAACAACAUUACAUUACAUGUAUUACAGGUUCAGUUUUAAAGACUUGCAACCGCUUUUAUUGUUACAGCCAGUCUGCUUCGGAAUGACUGUCAUGAACGUUUUCACACUUACUACGAGGACACCAUAACAUAUCACUACUGUUCUGUUCACCCCAACCCACCCUCCCCCACCCCAUUUCUUUUUACCUACAGAGUAUUUUAUUGUGUUUCAAGCUGAGCGACAUACUAAUGACCAUAUAUUGCAAUAUAUAUGUACUCCAUUAUAAGUUGAGCAUUUUUCAUAGAUUUACAGGAUAAAGUUGUGUCUCUAUUAUUACUUGUUAUGUAAGUAGAUCAGGUGACUACAGGGUUUAUGUUCCUAUUGUGCAAUUACUUUAUUGAAAUUAAGCUUAUAUUUAUACAUAUUGAUUUAUACUGAUAUAUCUAUAUAUAUAAAUACAUAUACACAUAUACCUUAUAUGCAGUCAGUAGCAAAGCUAAAGCCUUACUUACCAAAUUGAUCAUAUGUUUCAGUAACAUGGCCUACCACACACACACACACACACGCACACACACAUUUGCCACACACACUAAUCUGCUCACAUUGAAUGUUUUUCUCUUCCAGUAUUUAGUUUCAUUAGGGUUGUCUUUCCUUUUUUUUUUUUUUUUUUUUUUACAAGUUACCAUUGGUUUCUAUUCAUUUCUGUGUCAAGUGAGAAUUAUUUAUCAGCCUUUUUGAAAAAAAAAAGGUAAAUGACGAGUCACCAUUUACUGUAUGUGUCAAAGUGAACUCUUCUGUGCGAGUAUUAAAGGCAUUUAUUGCA